GUUUUCCCUUGAAUACUUUCUUGUGUCAUGGUUGUUGGCUGCAUCGCUCUUCAGGAAACAUACGGAAAGUGAAGAAGGAGAAUGAAAUUCACAAUGACCACCUUUUCUCCAUUCACUCAAACCUCGUCACCCUAAUGUCUCCCCGACUUGACUUGACUUGACGAACCCUCACAUGUCCGGAAUCUCUGUCCUUAAAACCACCCUGCGUCUUUGACAGAGCCUCACUACUCCUCGUACUCCUAGCCUUGACUUUGUUCACGAAACGACCAAACGAACGACACAAGAAAAGAAAAAGAAAAAAAAGACCAUUUCUGCCUGCGUCGUUGUCUUCCUUCAAGACUCCAUACAACUCGGAGCAGCAAUAACUUUUUGUCGGCGUCGUCCUCUCACUUCCUGCGAUAGUCCUCCUUCCUUAACUUCGCCGAUCACAUGUCCUGCGCUAUUUCGGUCCACCACCUCCUCGUCCUGUCCGCCUAGAUUUCCAUUCGCAUCCUCCUGUCGCUCAGAUGUCCUCCUCGACGCGGACUCCCUCCCCACUGCCAACUGGGCGAUGGUCAUCAGCACAGGGCUCCUCCUCCUCCUCAUCCGCCGCUGGACGGGCGUCCACCCCAAACGGUCUUUAUGCGGGAUUAAACGGCUACAGUGGUAACCAUGAUGAUGGCCAGUGGGCGGCGGCAAAAGCGAGGAGUGCGCAAGUGAGAGGUUUCCCGACCAUCCAGACAAAAAAUGAGGGUUUCUUUCAACGCUCACGACGAAAAUUGACCUCUACUUUACCCGUCUUCAACAGUCCGUACACUCCAUUGUCCGCCGACUGGAAAGACGUAGAGAAAUUAGGUCGGAAUCGGUGGUCACCGGGAAGGGACAACAUCUUUUCCAGGACGAGGACCCUCGUGGGAAACCUCCUCCGGAAAUGCAAGUUUUUGGUCGUCAUACUGGCGCUGAUUACGAUCACGACUUUAACAAUGUCACAGACGACCGUCUCCGCUGCAACUACAGGUCUACUGUCGACAAUCCGAAGCAAUGCACAUCUCGGCGGAGGCAGCAAGUUCGUCAUCGUCCUUGGUGCUAAUGAAGGAGGUGGUGUCAUGGAGUGGAAAGGUCCGAGAGAAUGGGCGAUAGAGCGUGACAGUGUUAAGAACAAGAAACGCUACGCCGAAACAUGGGGUUACCAACUCGAAAUCACCGACAUGAGCACGAAGAAACGAUACGCUCACGAGUGGAGGGAGAGUUGGGAAAAGGUCGAUCUCUUGCGGAACGCAAUGGCGAGGUAUCCUCAGGCCGAGUGGUUCUGGUGGCUUGACCUCAACACCUUCAUCAUGGAGCCUUCCAAGUCUCUACAGUCUCACAUCUUCCGCGAUCUCCAGAACAACGUCUACCGCGACAUCAACGUCUACAACCCUCUCAACAUCACACAUCCUCCUGUAACAAGAUUCCUCGACCCGAUCUCCAGAUCACCCACGGGCGACAACCUUACCUCUUCCAUCGACAUAAUCAUACCUCAGGACUGCAGCGGGUUCAACUUGGGAUCCUUUUUCAUCAGAAGGUCUCCAUUCACAGACAGGCUGCUCGACAUGUGGUGGGAUCCGGUCUUGUACGAGCAGAAACAUAUGGAGUGGGAGCACAAGGAACAAGAUGCUCUGGAGCACCUGUAUGCCUCACAACCGUACAUGAGGACUCACUUUGCCUUCAUUCAGCAACGCAAGAUCAACUCGUUCCCUCCCGGAGCCUGUGCGGUCAAAACGAAAGAAGACCCCAAAACCAAGGACAAGGACAAGGACACUGAUAAGAAUAAGCCCCAGAAACCAGUCACCGACCCACGCUUCCACUAUAGCGAGACAGAUCGAGACUUCAUGGUAAAUAUGGCUGGUUGCGAAUGGGGUAGGGAUUGCUGGGCCGAGAUGUACAGCUAUCGAGAGCUAAGCAAUAGAUUGAAUCGAUCGUUAUGGGAAAAAAUCAAGAAUUCCGUGUCCAAUACAUGGGCGAGCCUUAGGGGUAAGAAAUCGAAAGAAGGAGCAGAUUCAUCCAAGAAGGACGCAUCGAAAAAGGCUGAGGAUGAGAAGAAAUCAUGACUUGGGCAGCCUUUUUCGACCUUUCUCAGGAGACAAUAUGAUGAUCCCCUCCUCGAUCUCUUUGAUGUUGCUGGGAACGAUGAGCUGAUGAUUCUCUCUACUUACUGUGUUACACGCUCAUACAUUCACACAAGCGAACACAAACAAACCCAACAGGGCCUUUGGUGGUAACAAGACCAAAAACAGAAAGGCCAACUUGUAUCUAAUACAUGACCCCUGAAUUGCAUGGCGAAAGAAGGAAAAAGGCAUCAUUGGAACAAACAGGACCAAGAAGGAGGGAGACCGACCCGGAAAAGGACUUUUUUUUAUCCUCGUCUCCUUCACCUGGGGGCGCGGUGUUGCUCAACGGUGUUUUUUUUCGAAUUCUCACUUGGGUCCUUGUGUGUGUUUUUUUUUACAACAAAAAAUUUUCGGACCGAUUGUGGCUGGAUUGGUUCCCAUACUCGUUGUCCUUUUCUUGUUUCUUGUUUCGAAUAGCAAAAGGAGAAAAGAAGCGGCAUAGCGUUAGUGAGGUGUUUUCUUCGAGCGUCCAAGCAAAGGUAUUGCAAAGGAGUGGUGGUGGUGUCUACUGUAAUGAAAAGGUUUGAUUGAUCAAAUCGAAAUCACAUGGAAUCAAAUCAGAGUCAGACCGAGGGGGAAAGUACGGGCAGAGAGAGAGAGAGACUCAAAUGUCAAAAAGAAAGAAUGAAGUCGAGUUUCAUUGCAUUGUCACACGGGGGGGGAGUAAGGCGUCCGUUUUUGUUUUCUUUUCUUGCUCAAUUGUAUUCUACUAGAACCCUUCCUCGAGGCUGGAAACCCCAUUGUACGGAGUACGGGACGGGACACGAUAGAUGAGGACGAUUCGGAUCAAGAUAGUCGUGUAAACAAGGAAAAAAAGAACAGUUACAGGACUCUUGGUCGAGGACGAGGACGGACCACGGCACCGGUGGUGUCGAGGCGUCAUUGAAAAUUCAGAAACGAAGGUGUCAGUGUCUGUACAUUUUAACGUCUCCGACCCAACGCCAUCAACAAUGCUUUGCCGUUUUGUUCAUUAUACCUGACUUGGGGAUGUACCAACAACCAUACACUGUUUGACUUGACUCGUCCGAGAGAAAAAACCUAGAGAACACCUGCAUACCUUGUUACCUUUUGGACGGUGGCGAGGGAAAGCAAGAAACAAAACGGGAACGCUGCUUCUUUGAACAACACCCACAGACAGAGGCUGUCACUUUUCAUCCUUUGCCAGUCGCCGUUCUCGCACACCGGCAAAAGCACAGUCGUCCCACGACACACCAAAGGUUCCUCGACUCAGACGAUAUUGACGUCGAAAAUGGCAUUCCUCCAACCUCCACCGGUCUCUUCGUUUUCCUCCACGGUCUCCUCGGCCCUCAGGGCUUCAUCGUGCCACAUCUUGACCAGACUGCCGGGGGUGUAGACGUCCUUGAAGACGCCGCGCGUGGGGGCGUCGACGCCGAUCCUGGUGUAGAGAUCCGGAUCCUCCGCGGGCGUGAGGCGCGCCGCGACGGCCUUG